GGGUACGAGAGCAAAGCCGGUGGUGACCGAUACCGCGGUGGCCACCGCUGGUAUUAAAUUCGGGAUAAGAGUGUGGGGGACCCUCUUUGCCACGGGCAAUAGUAGUAACAACCUGCCCGUAGUCAUCCGUUGGUUCUGUCCGUAGUUGUGGUGGUAGUUCCUACCCGGGGGAUACACACGGCCGCGGUGUGAAACGUACCGAGAGGAGUGACGGUUCUGCUGAUAGAGCGGCGAGCACAAAGUACGUCUCAGUCGACGCUGAGCCAGUGCCUCAGCAAGUCCGCUCGAGGCGGUAGAGAGUCCUGAGAGAGUCGCCUCCGGAUCGCCAUCGUUUCUCUAUUUUCUAAACUGUCCCCUCGGUAGAGGCCGGCAUGAGGUCCCACGACGGCUACCGGGCACUCGUCGUGCUCGCGACGGUGCUCGCCCACAUGCGCGGCACGCUCGCGCUACGCGUCGCAAGCAGCGCCAACAGGAGGAACGUAGAUCAAUCGACGGCAGCGGAUCAAUCAAUCUCAUCCUCUUUCUGGUCCCCCACCCUGAAAACCGAAGACAUCUUCACGCCGCAGGACAACAGCGCGAACUUCUUCCCCACGGCCCAUGGCCUCGUGCAGACCCAUCCGAUCAGCAGCAACAUGUUCCGCAGCGGAUUCGGCGGGGUCGACAACCUCGGUACUCCAGGGGUGACGAUAAGGCCGCCGAGGACGCGACCCCUCGAUUACAAUGAGCGAGCCACCGCCGAAUUGCGUCGGAACCCAUCACUCUCGUCACCGGAUGAGUGCGCUCGUGCCUGCCGCGAAAACGAGCCGCCCAGGAUAUGCUACUACCACUUCACGCUCGAGUAUUACACCGUGCUCGGCGCAGCGUGUCAGGUAUGCACACCGAACGCAACCAACUCCGUGUGGAGCGAGUGUCAAUGCGUCCUGGCGGACGGUGUGGAGCGCGGUAUCCUGACUGCGAACAGAAUGAUCCCCGGACCGAGCAUCCAGGUGUGCCAGGGCGACAAAGUCGUGGUCGACGUGGAAAAUCACAUGGAGGGAAUGGAAGUCACACUUCACUGGCACGGUGUCUGGCAACGGGGAUCUCAAUAUUACGACGGUGUGCCUUACGUGACGCAGUGUCCCAUUCAGGAGGGUAACACGUUCAGAUAUCAGUGGACGGCGGGCAACGAGGGCACGCAUUUCUGGCACGCUCACACCGGCAUGCAAAAGAUCGACGGUCUUUACGGAAGCAUAAUAAUUCGACAGCCACCGAGCAAGGAUCCCAACAGCAAUCUGUACGAUUACGAUUUGACCACGCACGUGAUACUCAUCAGCGACUGGUUCCACGAGAGCGCUAUCGAGCGUUAUCCUGGUCGCCUCGCGGUCAACACUGGUCAAGCGCCUGAGAGCGUGUUGAUCAACGGAAAGGGUCAAUUUAGGGAUCCUAACACCGGUUUUAUGACGAACACGCCCCUCGAAGUGUUCACGGUGACUCCGGGGCGUCGUUACCGAUUCCGACUGAUCAACUCGUACGGAUCAGUGUGCCCUGCUCAAGUUACUGUCGAGGGUCACACCCUCACCAUUAUCGCCACUGAUGGUGAAGCGGUGCAUCCAGUACAAGUUAACACCAUAAUUUCCUUCUCGGGUGAACGUUACGAUUUCGUCAUAAAUGCCGACCAGCAGGUCGGCGCUUAUUGGAUCCAACUGCGAUCGCUCGGAGAAUGUGGAAUUCCUCGAGCCCAGCAACUAGCUAUCCUGCGAUACGCUCGUGGUCCUUAUCAACCUUCUACGGCGCCACCUACGUAUGACUUUGGUCUACCGCAAGGCGUCGUCCUGAAUCCUCUGGAUGCCAUUUGCAACCGACCACGCCAGGAUGCAAUUUGCGUGAGUCAAUUGAAAAACGCCCGACACAUUGAUCAAGGUAUCCUUCAACAACGCCCUGACGUGAAAAUCUUCUUGCCGUUCCGCUUCCUGUUCUACAGACCAGAAGAGGUCUUCCAACCGCAGACCUACAAUCGCUUCCUCGUUGCGCCGACCGGCGACCAUGUAAUUUCUCUCGUUGACGAGAUCUCGUUCACGUUCCCUCCGGCGCCUCCGCUCUCGCAAAUCGAUGACAUUCCACCUGAACAAUUCUGCAACGGUGAUAACAGACCGGCCGAUUGCGGUGCCAACUGCAUGUGCACGCAUCAGGUCGACAUUCCGCAUAAUGCGGUCGUCGAGGUGGUUCUCGUCGACGAAGUACAACAGCCAAAUCUGUCGCAUCCCUUCCACUUGCACGGAUACGCGUUCAAUGUGGUCGGUAUCGGUCGUUCUCCCGAUAAGAACGUGAAAAAGAUCAACCUGAAGCACGCCUUGGACCUCGACAAACGCGGUCUCUUGCACAGACAGUUCAACUUGCCCCCCGCUAAGGACACUAUCGCGGUCCCCAACAACGGCUACGUCAUUUUCCGGUUCCGUGCGGAUAAUCCGGGAUACUGGCUGUUCCAUUGCCACUUCCUGUUCCACAUACUGAUCGGUAUGAAUCUGAUCCUGCACGUGGGGACGCACGGGGACCUGCCGCCGAUACCGCCCAACUUCCCGACCUGCGGUGACCAUUUGCCACCCAUCACGCCGCCGCUGUCGCUGGACUCCGCGUUCCACUGAUGCGCGAAUGUGCGAGCAACCGGCUCGGAGAGACCGAGAGACGCUCCAAAGUCCAUACGAUACUUGUAGAAUAUUCCUGUAAAGUAGCGCGCGAGCUUGUAAUAUUUUUUUCUCCCUUUUGUUUUCUGAGCUCCUCGACCUGACCGACCGUCCUCGAGGGCGUGUCCGGGCUGAGACAUCGAGGACGAUCGAUCGGGGCCGAGGAGAAUCCGAAGGAUGUCGACCCGUUGCCUCGCGAGAUCGGGAUCGAAGGCGGGUGUGGACGAAGCGCGAAGGAAACCGAUGGGCGGAUGCUGAGGAGAGACUCGCGAGGCGAUGGAUCAACGAGAGGCGAUCGACGUCCCGCUGGACGUCGCGAGAAGACGAACGUUCACAGAGACGAUGAUGACUUCACGUUGGCGGCACUCGAUAAUUUAUUGUGUUCCAGAUGCUUCACCCGCCACUGUGCCACUUAUGUUGCGAGUUUUACCCCUCUUGUUAUUUUGAAAGCAGCUGACCGCCCGCUGCGAAUCCCGUAGAGCGCGGAUAUUCAGGUAUACGUGCGAUUGCGCAAUGCAAUCAUGGCGAUUUGUCUCCCGAUCGAGCGCAUGAGUGAGACCCCUUCGCCUCGUCAUUUGGGCGAGCGAAGAGACACACACUCGGAGAAAUCUCGUUGGAGAUAUUCACGCUGUAUGGGAAUCACGGGAUGGCGCGAACCCCCGCGAACCCCGUUAUGACGAGUGAAGCAUCUCAGCUCAGGAAACGUACGAACGUAUGUUUCUGAUUAACGUUGGCAAUGUUGUAAAUAAUGUAGAAAUAGUCACUACAGUUAACGAGAUAUUAAUGUGGGAGUAAUGGGACAGGUAGGUAGGUAGGUAGGUAGGUAGCGUGUAUAAGAGAGGAAGAGAUCCACGACCGUCGGAGAAGUUUUCAUCGUGACGGCGGUUCGAAAACGAUGGAUUAUUAUCAUUAGAGUAAUGUUUUCUUCGAGGAGGUUGGAUCUGCGCGAUCGUGGAAUCCACGACUUUUGAGAUGACUCGAAAAUCCUCUCGUCACAUCAGCCAGUGCAAAAGACACACGUACGGGGGGAAUAAAAAUUCACCUUUCGCGUGAAUAUAGAGAAGUAAUAUUUAUUUGAGUCAUUAGCAUUCUCGGCUCUUCAUUUCUUGCGAAUGUCUUCGCUCCAUUUUCUCCGAGCAGUCGAUCGCUUUCUGUCAUCUUUGUCAUUUCUUCUUCAUCAAACGCUUUGUCGUUCGUUCGUUCGUUUCCCUGUGGCCGGAGAAGUUGCAAUAAGUUUUCGUUCGUAAGAAUAAACGACGGAAAGUACUCGUCGAUAUCCACGAUGUUAGAAUACGUCAGUAAUAUCGAUUGCAGGCGGCAGUGGAUUUCCCUCGACAGAUCCAGGCUACUGAAACAACCUUCUAGUUAGGGAGUAAAUUCGCCAGCCUCUGAACAGCCCACAUGAAAUUAUUAAUUAAGACUUGCGUUAAAAGUUAAACGGAAAUAUCAGGGUAGAAUUGCCUCUCGACGGUCCGGAAGAUAUCUAAGAAGAUGUCGAGACAAUUUCGACACCAGCAUAGAAAUUCAUACGUUAGCACGCUAUUUAUUUUUUUAUCUUUAAUCCAUGUUUCUCUCUCUCUCUCUCUCUCUCUCUCUCUCUCUCUCUCUCUCUCCAUCUGUGUCUUUCUCUUCCUUUCUCUUUCGAAUCUGGCCCCUCCUCCAAUUAAAUGCCGUGACUAUUCAAUUGUAGGUAGGCUGACACACGUUAUCGUUAAUACCACGCGUCAUUCACACGGCGCGACAAUAGCUGUACGUUUAUUCAUGGUGCCUCCAUUUUCUAUGGAAAAUACUCUACGUUUAUACGCAACUCACAAUUAACGCUUAACACAUUCGAUCAUAUACACACAUAUACACACAACUAGCAUACACACCCAAGUCCAUAUAUACAAUAUUACACAUGGAUACGAGAUGAUCGCACACGAGUGCGCGCGUACGUCGUGCUUUGUAACUGUAGAUAAAAUCCCGAUUCAAUUUUUAAUAGAUACGCUCGUCGGUAUCAGCGAAACACGAAACACUCAGUAGCACAAUCGUCCAACCAAUCCGCCAACGAAUGCGAUUCGAUGGCUCUCAGUCCAGAAGAGAUGCGCGAGAUUUUUCAGCUUGUUCGGUUAGCGACGUCGCAACGGCAGAACGGCACUUUGUGCCGACCGUGAUUAUUGUUCAAUUUUCGUAAUUAUAAUAGAUCGCAGAUCUUAGCAUGAAAUAAUUAUUUAAAAACUUAUAAAAGUUUACUUAUAUGUCAGAUGCGAAGGAACGUAUCGUAUAUGACGUUCUCGCGAAUGUUUACGAUUAGGAAAAAGUGCCAGCUGAAAUUUUCGGUCUUUUCACUGCAACUUUUUUUUUGUACGUGCGCUUCAGUUGUUAAUUGUUGCUUUCUCGAGUCGGCCGUUCGCUUCUGGCGCUUCGACACUCGCUAGACCAAGAUUUGAGGCGACGCGACACGAUUUAAGGGAAGCGAGUUUGCGGCAAGUACAUGUCUCGGCCGAAGCGAUCGUCAACGAUCGGCUGUGACGUCAGUCUGCUCGAACAGAUACGGAUAAUGACUUUGCGGGAUAGCAACCAUGCGCUAUUUUAAUACUCUCAGUUUCUACUCUUAAGUAAGAAUAGUGUUUGCAAGCUGAGGCAGCACGCAUCUGCCGUUUAGUUAAUCGCAGCGCGAGCGCGUUCUGCGGUUCUGCGUUUCCUCUCACGAACGAAUCCGAAAUUCGACGAUCAAUCACGGUUCCAAGACAUUAGCAGACAGUGCAAGCAGUGGAGGAUACUCGAGCCGAGAUAAUUCAUCCUCGGUUCGCGAAAGUGAAUCGCGAUACGCGCGCAUUGUUGCGCGCACAGAAGGUAAUCGCAUUAAUUUAGUAUGUACGACACUUUGAGAAUAGUUGAUCCAAUACGAUUACUACCGAAUCGUCAAAGAUAAGGUAAUUUGUUGUCUGAUAGGUACGAUGAAAUCACGAAGAAGCGACGACGCGAGCGAUUACACACUGUUCGAAAGCACGGCAGUGUCGCAUGUAUAACGAGCGUAAUGUCGCAAUUGCCGUCACUCUGAUUGACUUUUCCAGCAGGAAUCAUCAACCGUUGUUGUUGUAAAUAUUGUAAUACUGAAGAUUUCCCAGUAUUCCUGUAGCUAGUAAUAUCAGUUCUUCCUCUCUCUCUCUCUCUCUCUCCCCCCCCCCUCCCCCCUGUAUAAUUAUCUCACAUAACUAAACCCGUACACAUAUCGGCAGUUACCAUUCGUAAGCAAAUGAGUUUUCGUGUUUUAUAUAAUAGAAUAUUUAAGCGAGAGUUACACACACUCGUGCAGGCGCGCAUGCGAGCCUGCUACCGCGAGUCACUCGAUCGUAUUUUAUUCUAAAAGUGUAUUUUUAAUAAAUCGUUUUUAAAAGUA